CAGAAAAUAGCAACAGUUAUAGGUAGUAACUCGAGCCGGUCAGACGUAAAACAAAUCGUGUGUGCAUGCAAAACAUAUCCAAUUCAAAUUCGAAUAUCACUUGUCUUAUCCAAAUAACAAUUUUGUACUUAUCUUGUUUUUCUUCAUCAACUCUGCGCCAAGGCAAUUUAUAUAAAGUUUACAGAACAAUUUAGCAUUUUUUUAUCUUGAGUAAAUUUUUGAACAGUCGAUUUUUUAUCAGUAUUACAUUGUGGUCAACAAAAGACCAGUGGCUUUUAAGCAUCCACUUUGAAAACAAUUUUUGUGCAAAAAUAGUGCGAGUGUAUAUUUUUUUGUUCGGGAACAGAGAGAAUUCGUUGAAUUUGAACAUUCAAUUGCAGUUUUAACUAAAGUGAUAACAAAACAUGCGACAGAUUGGAGCCGAGAAUCACGAUCCAUUAAAACGUAUUCAGGCCGAAAUUAACGAGGUUGAGCAACGGGAGCGUGAACAUCGCGAGAAAAUUGCAAACGCUACGAAAAUGUUGUCACAACAAUCGCAUGAUAGUGAUUAUGUUGAUGAUGCCGGAAUUGAUUCAUCAAUGUCACCAAUUAGCGAUGGUCAUUCAAGUUUAUCAAGUUCACCCGAUAAAGAUCCAUGCAGUGACAGUGUUUCGGCAUUUUCGGAUGAUUCGGGCAUUUCGUCAGCAUCAAGCCCAAUCAAUGGACAAUCGGCCAAUGAAAUGAUUGAUCCACCAAAAUCGGCAACAACACUUAAUUCACCAUCAAAAUACAUUCGUUUAAAUACCGUUCAGAAUACCAUUUCGGCAAGUCCAUUCAAAAUGAACCAUAGCUCUGGCGUUGCAUCGAAAAUUAUUUCACGUACCACUUCGACACCACAAAUCUAUGUACCAGGAAUAACACCACGCUUUCAAAUAAAUCCGGCCAAAAAAGGACUCAUGCAACGUUUCAUCUCGACACGAGGAAAAAUGGCAGCCGCCGCAAAUGCAGCCAAUUUAAACAACAGCAACACAUUGAAUGGUGCUAAUGAUAAGGAGACAGCAGCGAAAGUAAAUUUCGCAAACAAACGAAACGAUUCGAUUUUGACUUCAUUGGAGUUGAAUCGUCCACCUGUUUUUAUGAUGCAACAAGAAGCGGCUUCACCACCAAUCAUCGAACGAGAUAUGCAUGGCAAACCAAUUCGUCGCGGUUUCAUUCCGGUUGAAGAGAAAAUCCAAAAGGAAUUGCGUGAUAUACGUUCACGUGAAACCGAAUUGAAACGAAUGCGUCGCGAUCAACUCCGUCUAUCACAACCGGAUUUAUUAGAUUGCAUUGACCAAGGGGUCGACUGUGAUUCAACUGGCGAAGAAUCGGAAGAGGAACACUGUUACAAACUUCGUCCAUCAAAAUCCAUCAGUGAACUAUGCGAUGCAUUGACACAAAAUACUAGUCUUUCGCCAAGAGAAACACCGAGUCCAUUAUUCCAACGAGAGAUUAGCCGUUUGAAGCCGGCUGUGUCGUUGGCACAGUUGUGCGAUGUUGAUCCAAGUGAAACUCAAUCAUCACAUCGGCUCAUUGCACAAUGGGAGAAAAUUAUCCAACAAAAUCAAUAAACCCGUUCAAUAAAUUGACGGUGCACCAGUCUUGCAACUACGCAUGGAAAUUGUAGAAAUGAAAACAAAUGGCACAUUUUCAAUUUGGAUAAUUUGCACACCACGAACAAUAACCACAAUACUUUUACUAUCUAAAAUAAACUAUUUGCUCAAAAUCUGAUCAUGCAAGAGAGUUCUCUCAUCAUGAUCUAUAUACAUAUGUAUCCUCUACCGCCCUACCCCCCCGCCUAUAUAAAAUUUAUUUGUUCUAAUUUUUGCACUAAAUCAUACAUGAAAAUUAGAUUUUAAAUAAUAAUAUUAAGGAAUUUUUCUCAUUUGGUGGCAUUUUUUAUCUUCUCUUAUUUUUUUUUUUUGUUACAUUGCCGGACCGAGACAAUGUUUCCACCUCGUCACGGUAAAAUUGCCGGCAAUUUAUUUGAAACGAAAAUGAGAAGAGAAUCUUUUGUAAAGUAGUAAAAAUUUGAGAAUGGUCAAAAUUAGCUGUGAAUUGAAAUGGAGUUAGUAGAGAAAUAUAAUAUUAUUAUCAGUACUUGAAUUUAUUCAAUAUAUUUUUAAGUGAAGCAACAAAUAGCAGAAAUGUAUGAAAAUGUAUCACUUAUUGGUAAAACCUAUAAUUUCAUGUUUUCUUUUUUUAAAUAACCUAGUUAAGAGGGCGAUUUCAAUGUGAAUCGUAAUUGCAAGCAAUUAUUUAACCGCAUUAUUAAAGUAUUGAAAUACA